AUGUCUCACACGUUUGGGGAAGAACGCACGUAUCUUGCCUUUGAGCCAGGUCUGCGCUUGCGCCUCGCACUCAACCGGUUUAAACUGCCCGGCGUGCUCUUCCGAGGCCUCUGGUGGUGCUUCUUCCUUCCAUUUGCGUCGCAGACAAUGACGACGGUGGUCGGCGCACCGCUGCAGCUACCAACGCUUCCGUCACCGACGCCGGACGAUGUGCGCAAGUACCACGAUGCGUACAUGACGGCCCUCCAAGCGCUCUUUGAACGCCACAAGGCAGCGUACGCGCAGGACCCCACCGAGACGCUCGAGUUCUUUUAA